CCUCCGGAGCUGUGCGGUAAAGGAAAACAAACAGGAGAGGAGAGGAGAGGAGGCACUUUGCUGGCUCCCGUCUCCCUCGGGGAAUUUUUAUAUUAUUUAUAUAUCUCAUUUUGUAACAAAGUGCCACCGUGUUUCCGAGAACACCUGACUAUUUUCUUACGCCGGUUUUGAGAUUUUCUAUCGUCCUUGCGUGAAUCGGCAGUAGCUCGCUAGCUUGCCAACACAAUUCCCCCUCCUCGUGACCAAGAUAUCAGAACGAUUUUUAAAAAUAUAUAUAUAUUUAAUUUAUUUAUUUUUAUCGAUAACACUGUAGCCGUAGCUAAUGUCAAACGCUAUAGAGAGCGGGGCUAACGAUAAGGUGAACGACUGCAGCCCGCAGCCCCAGGAAAGAAUGACGGCUGUCCAACUAAUGAAUAUCCAGCGAUUAUUGGAAGCCGCGGAAUAUCUCGAAAGACGAGAAAGAGAGUGUGAACACGGAUACGCUUCGACGUUUCCGUCGAAUCCGAACACAAACUAUCAGAGGCAAAGGAAAUUCCGCAAUAAGAAGUUCAACAACAACCACAAUAGGUCCACACACAAUGAGCUGGAGAAAAAUAGACGAGCUCACCUGCGGCUGUGUCUGGAGCGUUUGAAGGCUCUUAUCCCACUGGGCCCGGACUGCACUCGCCACACCACUCUGGGCCUGCUCAACAAAGCCAAAGCACAUAUAAAGAAACUUGAAGAAGCGGACAGGAAGAGCCAGUACCAGCUGGAGUCUCUGGAGCGCGAGCAGCGGCACCUCCAGCGCCAACUGGAGCUGCUGGGUGGAGGCGGCGGCGGCGGCAUAGCCGGCGAGGGAGAGAGGUUACGCAUGAAUAGCGUGGGCUCCACCCUCGGCUCCGACCGCUCCGAUUCUGACCAAGAGGAGAUCGAGGUGGACGUGGAAAGCACGGAGUUCUCCCAUGGAGAGCUGGACAGUGUGAGCACGGCCAGCACCAGCGACCUGGAUGACCACAGCAGCCUGCAGAGCAUGGCCAGUGACGAGGGCUACUCCUCCUGCAGUGUCAAACUUGCCUUCUCCUCCUAGAGGCGCCACGCCACCAUCACCACCACCACCGCUAACUCAUCCUCCUCCUCAUCCUCCUCCUCCUCCUCUUCUUUCUCCGACUGCCUGCCCUCCCAUCUGGUAUGUCUGUUCACCUUCGUCACGCCCGCUUACAGCAUCCCCUCCGUGCUCCUCCAUGCAGCUGAACCCCCCCCUUAAAGGAGGAGCUCCUAAAGCAGUGCAGCGGCGAACAGUAAACACCUGAUUUUAAUCAUUUUUAAACCCACCCAAUAUGAAAUGAAUGAGUUUCCUUGUAGUGUCUUCGAUGAAUUGACCCCUAACACGACCUAAAAUGCACUUAAAAUAGUUUCCUAAUCCACCAAUAACAAGUUGGUGACAUCAUCCUCCUGCUCCUCAUCAUCAUCAUCAUCAUCAUCCGCCCCUUGAACUUUAGUCUUACGUGGGGACACUCGACUCGGUGCUAUUGUGACAUCACGCCAACAGGGAUGCGGACGGCGCACGCCGCCCUCACGCAUCUAAAGCGGAAUCGGUUCCGCUUCCAAGCUGACACGGACCAAGACGACAGCAGAAGUCAUUCCUGUUGAAUGUGUGUGUACGCCGUGUGUGUGUGUGUGCGCGCCCCCCCCCCCCACCCCCCCACCCCCCGUCCCCCACCGGCCUCCCUACGGGCUACCCUGCACUUAAAUUAUUUCCAGCUGUCCGUCGACGCGGCACAAAACCCUCAAACCACAGCGACAAACACACUUUUGAAGAGACGUCCACCUUCUUUCCAGCAGUAACAAGCAAUAACUCUUCAAGUCAUCACAUCGCUUUCAUCUCUCCCUCCCUCGCUCGCUCGCUCGUCACCGUCCAACAAGAAGCAGUUUUAUUUUUUUUUGUACAUACAAAUAGCUUAAUGAAUUAAUGUUAUGACAUGAGUUAGGUAGAUCGAGCUCGUGAAUAGAACAUCGGCCUCCGUUGCGCGACUCGUGUUUUAUUGUGCUUAUUUGGAAGCGCGGUGGGCGUGGUUUAAACGCUGUUAUCACUCAGUGGGCGUGGUUUGAACGCUGUUAUCACUCAGUGGGCGUGGUUUAAACACUGUUACUUUGUUGCUGUCAUGUGCUGUACAUGGAGGAUGCAGCGUUUUUUAUUUAUUGCUACACAUCUUUUGGUGCGUGUGUGUGUGUGUGCGUGCGUGCGUGCGUGCGUGUGUGUGUGCGUGCGUGCGUGCGUGCGUCUGUGUGUGUGUGUGUGUGUGUGUGUGUGUGUGUGUGUGUGUGUGUGUGUGUGUGUGUGUGUGUGUGUGUGUGUGGCAUUCCACUGGUGGUCAGGUGAUCUGUGGAGGAGGAGGAGAAAAAAAUAAACAAACGGGUCGUGACCAAGUUAGCCUUCCCUAAAUCCACCGGCAUUAAGAAUUGCACUUCGCCCACACUUGGUUUUAUUUUUUAUUGCCCCAUCUCUCAUUUUCCAACCGAAUGAAUAGUGUGAGAAAUGUGGAAUAUUUAUUUCUCCACCACUCAAAGUUAACUUAUUUGAGUCCACCCCCCUUCGGCCCCAUCAUUCCUUACUAUGUGUAUUUGAUGCUUUAUUUUUUUUUUUUCGGGGAAAUUUGUGUGUGUGUGGGUUGGACGGUAAUAUAAUGUAGCCAUUUUUGUUGUUGUUUGUUUUGUUUUUGUUUUAUGUUUUAUUCUAUGGACACUUGAAAUGUAAAAGGGCCCCUAAGCUGCUCCUAGUUGCUGAGCCGGUUGUGGCGUCAUCGCCUAUCUUGUCAUCCAUGUUUGAAACCACUGGAUUGGCUUCCCUCCAAACUACCGUAUGUUCCGGACUAUAGAGCACACCGGUAUUUAACUAGGUUUUAGAAGAAAAAAUAUUUUAUAUACAGUAGCGGCAGGUAUGUACGUUUUGAAAUGAGUUACUUACACAUAAAUAUUUUAUAAAUGUUUAUUUACAUACCUUAAUUGUUUCCAAAAGGUGUUUGUAACAAGGCAGUAAAAUGUCUGAUCAAACAAAACAGAAGUCCCUUAGGGGCGAUAGCUAGCUCCCCAAUCAGCAAAUCGACUCAAUAACUCCACAGUGACAGCUUGGGGAAUUUACUGAGAAAUUAGAGAAACUUAAACACAAAAAGAUUGCCAUUGUAAGUUAAAAACGCUAACACAAACACUAACGCUAACAAUGCUAGCCUUAUUAACAUUAUGAUGGCACGUACACAUAUGCAUGGAAAAGCUCCUACAGACAUCACACAUGGGACAGUUUAGUUAGUAUUGAUAGAUUUAGUUAUAUUGUGAAACUUACAAACGUUGCUUGGCGUGAUGAAUGAAGAAAUCAUACGAGUAGAAACGCUAUAGAUAGCUAAAAGACGGAACAGCACUUGUACGUCCGGUUCAACGGCACUUGUACUUCCGGUUCAACGCAUUAAACGGAAGGAAAUACUGUGGACGUUCAUUCCGCAGAGCCUGCAGUGAGUGAACUCCUUAAAAGAAAAUAAUAAUAUAAUUAAAUAAUUGUUCAGUGUCUAAAGCUAUUUGUUGAUGCGAAACACUAUUAUGGCGCCAGUGAAGAAAAAUCCAUAAAUUAGCUGCACCAUUUUAUAAGCCGCAGGGUUCAAAGCGUAGAAAAAAGUAGUCCGGAAUUUACGGUAAAAGCCUCCUGAUCCAAUAGAGAAUAGGAUUUUCUACUGUGGGUGACAGGGUCGUCCUGAGCCAGCGACUACCCAAACUGGGGUCUUUGGGAAAAAAAACAAACAAAAAAAAAAAAAGUCCCUUUCCUCUCGUAGGAGGAUGGGGAUAAACAUACAGUAGGGAAGACAUUCAUGUGGCCAGAGGAGGGAGAAUCCUUUUGCAACGCAGUCUGCUGAAAAUGAUGGUAAAGUGCCGCUCUGGUCAAAGUUGGAUUUGCCACAAAACAGAUAUCCAACACUGGCGUCUGAAAGUGGGUGGCGCGCACUCCUCCUUGGUCACGUUUCCCGUGUCAGGCCACAUGGAUCCCCUUCCCACUGCACUAGACUUGUGUUGUAGUUGACAACGUGUGUCUUACUUGGACAAGGGGAUCUCGGAAGACCAGAACAAAUCCCCCCUGGUGGACUCUGAGCUUGUUGGCGCCAAAUCGGAAAGUGACCACUUUGGUGCUGAGUCCUGAAGAAGAAGAAAUGCCAAAAGCACGUUAGAACACCGCAGUGUCCUCUCUCUCUCUUUCUCUCGCUCUUUCUCUCUCUCUCUCUCUCUCGCUCUGAGAGAAAGUUUACAUUGAUUCUGCUUCCCUUUUGUUCCCCGGUCCUUCUCGCGUUGCGGCACAUCUCGGUAAGCCGACAGACAGUUCCGUUCCAAACAAGCAACCUUAAAAAGUGCACCUGCGUGGCUUUCCAGGGCGGGCUGAGCAGCCGGGCCAAGAGAAAGUACAAGUCGCAGCGUUUUGUUUUUGUUUCCGUCGUCGUCGUCGUUUGGAACCCGCACUCCAUUCCAGUGUCGCCGAAGAAAAAGAAAAACGGGUCCAUGAGGCGAAGUCAAGGGCAACCAAACCUCUUCUGAACCUGUGAUCAUCCUUUGUGAAACACUCUGAUCAAUGUUUGGUUGCAAAGUUGGAAAUGCAAUACUUACAAUAAAAACAAGAUUUUCAAACCUGA